CUUCUCAGGACAGGAUCCGUCUGAGAAUAGAGCCGGGAUGAAUCGAAUAGUUUCCACGAUGCAGAAAUUUAAACUACAGGAGGGUAAAACAGCAUAACACAACCAGAAAAUGUAGUGGAUUGGUUGGGGGAGGGUGUGUGUGUGUGUGUGUGUGUGGGGGGGGUAUAAAUAGGGUGCUGUGUGAGAGCUGCUGCAGAGGCAUGACUGACACACAUCAACUUGCUGCUCAUGGGAGUUUAGCUCCACCCACAACAUUGAGGAUUAUUUUCCCACCGGUUAACACCAGACUACCAGUACGGAGAUGUCCAGUACAACUUUCCUGCCGCCGGCCGGCCUCAGGUCCAUGGCCCAAUCUGCCGGACUCGCCGAGGUUGCCGUCCGGCUGUGCUUGAACCAACGUCGACACCUGUGUCCUCACGUUUGGGUCCCCAUCCUGAAGCCCCAGCGCCCCUGCAUCCGCCCUCCAGUUUCAAAUCCGCCGUCCUCCGACAUCUUGGGCCAAGACCAUCGGACCCGCCCGCUCCCGAUCUCCCUGGACGAAGACUCGGACGACGACCUCUGGCUCCCGAUCAAUAAGAACAAACGCGUGAUCUUCGCCGACUCGCGGGGAAUGUCUCUGACGGCCGUGCAGGAGUUCUCCGUCCGAGAGGAGCAGUCGGACCUCAGCCUGCUGCCGUCGCUGCAGGGGUUGGGCACCACGACGGAGGACUGCUACAGCUGCACCGUCAGCACCUGCUGCCCAGGAACGCGGCUCAAACUGGGCUUCCCGCAGCCCUCGGCCGAUUUCAAAGCCUUUCGUGCCAAGCUGGCGGCGAGCAUGGUCACCCUGGAGAGCUGCAGCGUGGCCGAACAGGCGCUGCGAGGCACGGUGCGAGUCAGGAACAUCGGUUUCCAGAAGGACGUGCGUGCACGCGUCACCUUCGACUCGUGGCAGAGCUACAGAGAUGUGCCGUGCACGUACGUGCAGAAGCGCUUCGGAGGGCCUCAGACGGACAUCUUUGAAUUUGACAUUGUCGUUCCAAAAGUGCUGGAUGCCAAACGGAAGAUAGAGUUCUGUUUGAGCUAUUUGCCGGCAGGGCACAGCGAGCCUUUUUGGGAUAAUAACGACGGACAGAAUUACAGCAUUGCCGUGUGUGUGAGCUCACAUCUCUGUCGCGGGAGGAACCCAAUGCCUACCGAGUGCUAGAAGACUCGGAAAAGACUCGGAAAAGACUCGGAAAAGACUCGGAAAAGACUCGGAAAAGACUCGG